AUGGCUACCGGAAAGACUGAAAAUGCCCGUCGACAAAGACAGGGUGAUACAAGAGAUGCUAAUGUUCGAGUGAAAGGAGAAAAUUUUUACAGAGAUGCCAAGAAAGUCAGGAUAGUGAAUAUGUACAAAGGAGGUAAACCCACUAGAAAUGCAGAUGGAGAAAUCAUCCAAGAAGCUUAUUUGCAAGACAGCAAAGUGCCGACGGCGAGAGUGGAACCGAACCGAAGAUGGUUUGGAAAUACGAGAGUGAUUGCUCAGGAUGCCUUGUCGCAUUUCAGAGAAGCUAUGGGUGCUAAGAAGCACGACACAUAUUCCGUUUUGCUCAAGAGAAAUAAGUUGCCAAUGUCAUUAUUGGAUGAGAAGGAUACUACAGAAUCUCCUUCUGCAAGAAUACUAGAUACUGAAUCUUACGGAAAUACCUUUGGCCCCAAGGCAAGAAGAAAGAAACCUAAUGUUGCGGCUUCUUCUUUUGAAGAAUUGGCAAAUAUAAGCAACAAGGAUACCGAUACAUUUGAGGAGAAAGAGAUCUUGAAACCUACUUUGGGAUUACUUGGAGGAUUUGAUGGUGAUGAAUUUACUCGGGAAGCCAGAGAGCAUAUCUUUUCUAAGGGACAGUCCAAGAGAAUCUGGAACGAGUUAUUCAAAGUGGUUGAUUCUUCUGAUGUCGUUAUACAAGUUUUAGAUGCAAGAGAUCCAAUGGGCACUAGAUGCAAGUCAGUUGAAAGUUACAUAAGGAAAGAUUGUCCGCACAAACAUAUCAUUUUGGUUUUGAACAAGUGUGAUUUGGUUCCAACUUGGGUUGCGGAUUUCCCAACAUUGGCAUUCCAUGCGUCUAUCACCAACUCAUUCGGUAAGGGAUCUUUGAUUCAGUUAUUGAGACAGUUUUCUGCUUUGCAUUCAGAUAGAAAACAGAUUUCAGUGGGAUUUAUAGGCUAUCCGAAUACCGGUAAGUCAAGUAUCAUCAAUACUCUAAGACGUAAAAGGGUGUGUCCCGUGGCACCAAUUCCUGGAGAGACCAAAGUCUGGCAGUAUAUUACUCUUAUGAAGAGAAUAUACCUUAUUGACUCACCUGGUAUUGUGCCUCCAUCAUCUAAGGAUUCAGAAACCGACAUUCUUUUUAGAGGAGUAGUGAGAGUCGAGCACGUGUCGCAUCCAGAACAGUAUAUUCCGGAACUCAUGAAGAGAGUGGAGAAGAAACAUCUAGAAAGGACUUACGAGCUCAGUGGAUGGAAAAACUCUGAGGAUUUUAUAGAGAUGUUGGCAAGAAAAUCCGGAAGAUUGUUGAAAGGUGGUGAGCCCGAUGAAAGUGGUGUAUCAAAACAGGUUAUUACAGACUUCAACAGAGGUAAGAUUCCCUGGUUCAUUCCUCCACCAGAGGAUAAUGAGGUCAGAACCGGUGUGGAUAAAAAGAGUCAAUACAAGAGAAAGCGUGCAGAGAGAGAAAAUGCUGCUGCAGAGGCUCUAGCUAAGGAAGAAUCUGAGGCUCUAGCUAAGGCCAAGGAAGAGAUUAAAGAUGAGACCGAGAACGCAAUUGACGAAGAGGAUCAGGCUUCAACCAAAAGGCAAAAGAGAAGUUGA